GCCAAAUCAUCAGCAGCAUUCGUGUUAAAGUGUCGUUGCUCAAAUAGCAUCCAAUAGAAAAAAGAAAAAAUUCAAAGAAAAAUUCAGAAGAAAAGAAGUUGCCCCGUUUGGGUGCGGUUUCUGUAGUGGCGUUUGUGCUCCGUGGUGUUGGCCGCUUCGGUUUUCAUUACACGAUACACACACACACACAUACACACAUACACACAUAGACACCGGCCAAAAUGGACCAGCCGUGCGAUCGAGUUCCACUACUUAUUCACCGUACUCAUCGUCUUCAAGACAUUGUGACGUGACAGUGCGCCCCCAGCUGCCGGACGAACUCCCGACGCGCGGCCCUUCAUGACUUCAGAGUUCGAAAAAGAAUUCAACACCAAUUUUCCGGGGGGGGGACCAUUUACUAAUCAGUUCGGUUCAGUUUAGCUCGUUUUUAUUUUUAUUAUUUGGGUUUUUUGUUUGGCAUGUGCCCGGCUCAACCGACAUCCCGUAUGCGGAUCGCUUAGACCCACCACACGCGUACACGCAGUUCAAUCGCAGUUCAUUUGUCGAUAGGUGUGUCCGUUUCGAAGUGAUUGAAAAGAAAGAAGAAAAAAAAAGGGGGACCAACAACAACAACAACAACAACACAAAGUGAUUGUGCUGCAUUCGUUUUCUCAUUUCAUUCAUCGUGCGCUAGAUGUUUGCGUUGGGCAAAGUGACGUAAAAAGAGUGACGGAAGAAAAAGGAAAAAACGAACCCUUUCCACAGACCAAUUUUCACCUGGAACGCUGAAAAAAAAAAAGAGGGAAAGGGAGAGAGUACAACAUUUUCUGGGUGGUUUUUUUUUUUUUGUUCCUUCCCUUUUCCAAUUUCUCCCCUGCGGACCUUUUUUUUUCUUCUUCUUCUCCGUUCAUUUUUUUUCCACUCUCCUUUUUUUUGACGGGGGGUGCGCGCGUGUUGUGUGUGUAUGUGUGUCGGCGACGAACGCGCAACGCGCCGACCGGCCAGUCGACACGAGGAAAUGAAUUGGCCGACAAGUUCGCCGUCACUCCUCCUGGUGUUGCCGGCCUCUGCCUCGUCUAGCAAAAGAAUCGCCUCCUCUCCAUGGACAGUUUUCACCGUCUCGACCAUCGUCGUUUUGGCCGUCUUCACUCACCUUGCAGAAUCGACGACGACGACGAAUACAGCCUCUGCAUCCGGAUGGGAUUGGACGGCCGGAAGGAACAAUAUCGACAUUCUGGACGAGUUGGCAGCCGUGCGGCACAACUUAACGGGCGUCGAAGUAGCCCCGGGACCUUACAGCAUUUCACCUGCCCUUUAUUUCACAGGAGACAAUCGGACCAUCCGUUUAUUGGAUACUUCCUACGCCAAGGUGAUGACGUUGCUCCAGUCCCACCAUGACAUCACCUUCGUGGCGGCUGUCCGGCAAGAGCCGUACAACGUCGGCACGCUUUUCUCCUUAUCCGAAGGAUUCACGAGGUUCCUCGAGUUGCAGAGCUCAGGCCGUAAGGACGAGAUUCGGUUGCAUUAUAAUCACCUGGGAGUGCCUCGCGUCGAGACGUUCAGUUAUCGGUUGGCUGAUGGCGUUUGGCACCGAUUGGCCGUGACGGUUAGCGGCGGGGUCGCUUCUCUUUACGUCGACUGCCGUCGUGUUGAACGCCGAUGGAUGGCUGCCAUUCCCGACACAGCCAUUAUUCCGGAAUCUUCUUCUUCUUCGGUUCCAGUCGCAGAAAAGAAAGAUAACAAAUCUGCCAACAAAAUGUCGCUGUGGAUUGGACAGCGCGGAGACCAACAUUUCCUAUUCAAAGGUGCUAUGCAGGAUGUCAAUUUAAUAGCGGGAAGCAAUGGCCACCUGGUGCAAUGUCCGGCAGCUGAAGCCGAAUGUCCGACGUGCGGCGAGUUUCACAGUCUACAAUCGGUCGUUGCCCGGCUAGAGAAAUCAUUGCAACAUCUUACUAAUAAAUUGGAACAUGCCGAAGAACGGCUGACGCAACUGGAACAAUGCGAUUGCCCGCGUUCCUGCAGCGUCAACGGGACUGUUCACGCUGACGGGACUAGUUGGCAUUCCGAUUGUGACGUGUGUUCGUGCCACAAGGGGCAAGUAACAUGCAGUCCAGUUCAGUGUCCGAAUACUCCGUGCCGUAAUCCCGUCCAGCUACCGGGACAGUGCUGCCGAACAUGUCUGAAGCCGUGCUUCUUCCAUGGAAUAAAGUACGAUCACGGAGAGCGAGCCAGCCCACGUCAUUGCCUGGAAUGUCAAUGCAUCAACGCGUCCAUGCAGUGCCAACCGUUGGACCCUGAACUCCAUUGCCCAGCUCUCUCAUGCCCACCAUCCGAGCAGUUCACCGUCGCCAAUGAAUGCUGUAAACAAUGCCCAGGAGUGGAUCACUGUGCUUCGGCGAAUCGCGUGUGUCACGCUCGUGCGCAGUGCAUCAACCUGCAGACAACCUACGCCUGCCACUGCUCGCCCGGCUACACCGGUGACGGCAAACACUGUUCCGAUAUUAAUGAGUGCGAGGCAGAAGGUGGGCCAGGUGGUCACCGUUGCGGAGCCAACACGAUUUGCGUUAACACGGUAGGCUCCUACCGUUGCGACUGCCUGCCUGGCUACUACCAUCUCGGCUCUGGUCCAGACUCAGUUGCCGAAGUGCACCACAACGGCACGGAGUGCGUCGAGUACGACGAAUGCGCUAACAAACUGGACAACGACUGCCAUCCGACGCUGGCCACCUGCAUCAAUACACCCGGAUCCUACCAGUGCGCCUGCCGUCCGGGUUACCGAGGAAAUGGAAUCGAAUGCGAACCUGUGUGUGAUCGACCGUGUCAGAAUGGUGGACGAUGCGUCGCUCCGAACCAAUGCUCUUGUCGCCGCGGUUUCGAAGGCGAAUUUUGCGAAACGGACGUGAAUGAAUGCGAGCGCACCGGCAAUAAAACGACGGGACAUCAAUGCCACGCGAAUUCCGAAUGCCGCAAUAUGCCCGGAUGGUACGCUUGCGCUUGCAAGCCCGGUUUCCGUUCGCCACGGCAGGAUAUCCUGGACACUUUUCUCGGCGCCCUCUGUCAAGAUGUAGACGAGUGCGCCGAAGGAUUGCACAGUUGCCAUGGUAACACUCAGUGCCUCAACACGAUCGGCAGUUACGAGUGCCGAUGCCCGCCCACCAAUCCCAAUUGCAGUUUAGUUUGCCACACGGAAGAGGGUGUUCGCCAAAGUGGAGAGACAUGGACGUCUUACGAGAGUCCAUGCGUCAGCUGCCAGUGUCGUGAGGGCGUUGUGACCUGCUCGAAACUGCCUUGCCAUUGCACGUCUUCUUCUUCUAUUUCUUCCUCCUCGUCAUCAGCAUCUUCCGGAGACUUGGAAUCGACAGCCAAGUUCAGCCUUCACCGGAAUCAAACCGUCGUUCAUCAUCCGAAUUCCGAAUUGUGUUGUCCGCAGUGCCGUUCCAGCAAAUCCCAGCAAUGCCGCCACCAGGAAAAGUCAAAUGUCAUUUUCGAUUCCGGCCAACGAUGGAUUUACCAAUGUCAGAGCUGCGAAUGUCUGCACGGAGAGACAGACUGCUGGUCGAUGGAAUGCCCGCCCGUCUAUUGUAGUCAUCCGGUCCGUCUUCCUGGCGACUGCUGUCUACGUUGUCCGGACAGUGAUCCGUGCAGUGCCGUUGAAGAACCGAUGACUACGACAACAAGUCAGUUCGGAGAGCCCCAAGGAUGCCAUCAUCUCGGUCGUAAUUAUACUCAUGGAACAGAAUGGGCUGCCGGAUUGGAUGGUUGCAAUAAUUGCAAAUGCAAGAAUGGAAAGGUUUGCUGUCAGUAUGAUACUCGCUGCGCUCAGCAGCGCCUGGUGGUGGAUCUCGAGCACAGUGCAGUUGUCCAGCAUCGCCAGAGACACCACCAACACCAGCCACAGCAAAGUAUACGACGCGGCUCGAACCGGAUCAACCGCUCAUCAUCGGAAGGUUUCACUUCACCAACGACGGAUAACGUGGUCGAACAGAGGAAAAAGGGAGGAGGUGACGUGCUGGGAUCAACUACUAAAUCAACAACGUUGGCGACCACCACGAGAAGUGGCGGAUCACGUAUUACGACAGCGAAGACAACAAUUCAAGCGCAUCGAAUGUCUAGAUCAGCCCGUCGGGCCCGUUCGGAUAACAGUGCGGACCAGAACGAUAAGAAUUACGUGAAAUCGUCAUCAGUAGUUCAACAGUCGACGAUGAUCCCAUUUACUACGAACUCUAGUCCUUCUAGUUCGACGUUAAAAGACGGCAGCAGCAGCAGGAUGCUCUCCGGCUCAACAGAAAGUCAACAUGUUCCAGAAGCAACACAAGUAGAAGCUUUCUUGUUUGAUUCUGGAAUCAUCUCAACCAAAAUUGUUAGUCAGCAGCAACCAGAGUCAUCGGGUCCCACUUAGUUUGUGUACUAGCCGCUGCAAGUCUUUAUCAAUGCUGGUACGUAGUAGAAGUAUAACAUUAUAAAUAUUACCGUCAAAUUUUCUAUGUUGUUUUGUUUACGACCCCCAACCUUUAUUUUUUUUUCUUCCCUUUGCUCAUAUCCGAGUUUUUCUUGGGUAAAAACAAAAAUCCUUGAUUCUUUUGUUUCUUCUUCUACUCGCCUUUCUCGUCCUAGCUGAAUCAAAAAUGAAUACAGUAAAACAUUCAAUUUCAAGCAUCCACGAGGGCCAAAAAAAAAUUAAAACACACACAAAAAAAAAAAUUACCAAGUUAAUUAUUUCAAACAAAUCCUUAUCCCUCUUCGUUUUUGUUAAACAUGCAACACACACAGAUACACAUAUUCACGUGUUUUUUUUUCUUUACUUUGGAUCGCCCACCAGUUCUAUUUUUCUACUUUUCUUUAUGUGUGUGUAACAUUGUUGUAUAUUGAAACUCCUCGUAAACAAAAAAGUCAUCCACACAUACCCCCCACACACACACACAUAUAACACACCAGACUUGGUUGACUUAUUGCCCUAAACUGGUUCCCAUUUUUUCUUACCUUGAAGGCCAUUUUUUGUACAUAACUAGUCAGAAAAACCAAACAAGCAAAAAAAAAAAAAAAAAAAAAAUAUCCUAGGCUUAAAAACAGAAUUAUUUAAAUAACGAAAACAAUAGCGUUUUGGUAUAAAUUUAUAAAUAUACCUUUAUGGGGAAAAGGGAAAGAGAAAAAAAAAUUGUCAGAGCAGGGCCAAAUUAAGACAGAUACGCUAUAUAAUGCCAUCUUCUUAUGAGAUUAUUAAAUUGCAACCCAAAUGAAUGUAAUCUGUAUAAUAACGUCUUCUACCGCCCUCUUAAACUUAUCAAUAUUCUUCAUGUUUUAUCCCAUCAAUUCUGUGCUGUUUGUUUUUUGGUUUUUCUUUGUUGCGCCAACUAGUCUGAUCAUAGAGGAGUUGACGAUGACGAACGAUGACUCCUCCGGUAUGACUGCGUGAGUGUAUUUUUGCAAGUGACACCGAUAGAACAUUUCGAUGCCAGCAGCGACGUGGUGGAUACAUGUCAAGGAACCAUAUGUUCAUCCGUGUCGUUGAAUCUGAUCAAAAUUAUUAAUUAUUAUUAUUAUUAUAUUUUUUUGUAUUUCAAUUUCUCAAAUUUUGUAUGUUUGUGCAUGUCACGAUGAAGAAAAUUUGCCUUUUUCUUUUGUUUUGGUUGAAAUCUGAUUGUUUUUUUUCUUCGUCGCAUUGAAUUGCUUCUCAUUUUGUCUCCGACCCUCGGCCCUAGAUUGUCUACCCCUCCCAUUAAUUACGUCCGUUGAUUUGUUUUUUGAACAGACUGUUGUUAAAUAACUAUCUAUCUAUCUAUCCCUCUUCCUCUAUCCUUCCCGUGCACGAAUCGUGUUUGUCUGUCCUGAACUAUUUUGUCUCUAUGUUAUUGGCAGCAAUAAUAUUACACUGAUGAUUACAAGCGGA